AUGAAAUCAGAUCUCUGUACAAGUCAGAAACACAAAACAGCUGAAACAGCAUUGCGGAGUUCGGAGUCCUUGGACGUACUGGACAUACUGGAACACGAUCAGCCGGAUCAUGGAACAUCGGAACCACUAUCCACUAAGGAGGAACUUGCUGCUGCCGUCUGGCGUACGCCUUUGGCGUCAUCUCCACCGUCAGCCGCGAAGUUUUCCGCCGUAGGGAUCUACAGGCCACCGGCCGCUCGUAAGGCUUUAAAAUUUUCCGAUAGUGCAAUCCAGCUUGCACCGCCAGCAGCCGGCGAAAAUCCAAACGACUAUAAUCAUUACCACCAUCCUGUACAGCCUCCAUCCGAUUCGGUACCGCAAGGAAGCGCUACAAACCCUACACCCGAGGAAAGUGCUGUUGAUCCACCCCCGAAACCGCCCCCAACGGCAGCGGCGUCUGUCGUUGAAUCGAAGUCACCUUACAAGGCUACUACCGGCAGUUUAAGUAGGGCACCAAGACAAGGCGAAACAGGUGAUGCUAGUACUGUUACUAAAAUCGAUAGCGGCACACCGCCAACAAAAGUGAUAACUACUGGCAAAAGUAAAUUGCCGGCAGGAGAUGUAGCAAUCACUUCGUCAAUAGAAGCCGACGAUAACAAUAACAGUAGCACAACCGAACAACCACCUGUUGCUGCGGCUGUAACUAGUCAAGGAAAUCAAACCCCAAGCAGCAGUACUACUACCAGUAGGCCUGCUCGUCCGCAUCGGGAACGACGACCGGAUCGCGCCGUCUACAUUCCGCGAGCUCGUCGAAGUCUAACUACCCCGCCGGUAACUGCUGUAAACCAGCAAACAACCACCAGUGCUUCCACUUGCGCAAACAGCGCGUCAACCACCACUACUUCACCGUCGGUGUCAACUGUCGGAAGUCUGUCGGUUUUCGCAACUCCACCCAGUUCUCCUCCGAAGGCGUCAGCUAGGAAAGAGCAACCCCACACUGAGAAGGAACGCAAAUCCAAGGCUAAAGACAAACCACCGCCAGCAGACAUUGGAUUACCAAACACUGUGAUAGAGAAUCAUCAAAAGCUCGAACCCAUUGUCCCAGUUGAUAGCAGAUGUUUUGUCAGUUAAAAUCGUAGUCAUAGCGUAGAGGAGAACGUUCCAAACAACGGAACCACUCAAGAAGUAGUGAAACUAAAAAGCAAAAAGUCGGAAGAGGUUCCUAGAGAGAACGAAGAUCAAGACUGUGAUUUUGCGCCCAAAUCUGAACGCAAAAAGGAGAGGAAAGAACUGCGCCAAAACGGUUGCAUUUUAGCGGAACUGAACGGAAGUACAAAUCCCAAAGUAGUAGAAAAUAUGAACAAGUCAAAUAAAAGCCGUUCGAAGCAGACCGGCAGUAAUGCCACUGCAUUGAUUAUUAAUGAUAAAGUCGGUGCGGGUGUUACUGAUAAGAUCGAUAAGGAUGAGAAGGAACUUAGGAAGGCUUCUCAGGAGAUUAACCGUAGCAAUAGGAGAAUUAUGAAGCAAACGUUUGCAUCUGAUGUGUUGGAAAUAGCUGAACAUGAAUCUGCCGAAAAGGAUGUAUCCACGGAUAAGGCCAACGGUCAGUCGAAACAGGAUUCAGAACGGUUAGUCAACCCAGAAGAAGACGAUUGGGAAUCGAUGUAUGAUGAUAAUGGAGAUUGUUUGAACCCGAAGCUAAUGGAAGAGUUGACAUCGGCGGUGGGGAAGGUUUCAAUUGAAGUCCCUCGAACAGACUAUAAGGUGUAUCAAACGAAGCAAGCCGUCCUGAACGAGGAAGAAUUCCCACACGUACUGGAGGUGUCCAACUUCCCGGUAGAGUUCAAAACACAAGAUCUCAUGAUGCUUUUCUCACAGUACAAAGAGUCAGGGUUUGAUAUUAAAUGGGUAGAUGACACGCACGCCCUGGCGGUAUUCAGUAGUUCUAAAAUAGCGGCCGAAGUUCUUGCCAAUGGUCACACAUUUGUUAAGCUGAAACCCCUAGCCGAGGCGACAGUGGAAUCUCGCUCCAAGGCACGGAAGUGCUCCAGUUCGCUGCAACCGUACCGUCCACGUCCCGAAACAUGUGCCGCUUUGGCACGAAGACUCGUGACGACGGCCCUCGGUGUCCGCCUGAAGACUGCCCCCGAAGAACGCGAAAACGAAAAACGCGUCCUUCGGGAAGCCAAGGAAAGGAAAAUGCUCGCUGCCAAACAACGGGAAGAAAUCUGGGAAAGCUAAAACCCGUACAUGUGUGCACCCCAGAUCAGCUCCAAGGGAGGUGGUACAGUCGCUCGUUUAUAAUCGCUGCCAUACGUUAUGUGAGUUUAGGAUUUUAAUGACAUAUGCAUGCCGCCCCAUGUCAAAUGUAGGUAUGUCUUCAUAGCUUCUGGCAGUGGUCGUGAUUUUUGGUUGCGCUGCAGAACUGUUUCCCGUUGUAACUCUUCCAGCAAAUGUUAGGAUUGUUUUAGUAUCCUAUGGUUAUUAAGUAUAUAAAAGUGUAAAUGUAUACCUAUAAUAUAUUUUAACAACAUCAAGGUAAUCAUUUAAACGAACAGAUAAAAGUAUGAAUAUACCUAUUUAAUAAUGACGGCGUUGUGUAGAAGGAAAAUGUUGUGUAACUGAAUUAAGCGAACAACGAGAAUGUUUAUUUACAGGUUUUUAUCGACAUGCGAAUUUAACAAAAAGAAACGCAUUACUUUAUUGUAAAUAAAACAAUUUCUCAAAAUGAUACAAAAAAUAAAUUUUAUGGAAUUGAA